CUUGCUCACUUCCCCUAAACAAUCAGAAGUGUGUAACACCUGCAGCAUGUCCACCUUCCAGACGUGGAGGAAAAAUACAGGAGCAUUUACAACAGGAAAUCACUUUUCCUGACUGAUAAUAUCACUGUAUUCUGCAGCUGGCAGUAAAAUAUCUGAAGGCAGCAGCAGCGAUGUUCCUUAUCUGGGUCUUCCUGUGGCCCGAGAAGAAGUCCACCACAUCCUGCAGUGUGCUCAUCUCUUUAGCUUCAUCUGCCACUCACUCCUCUGAGCUGGGUCAUGUGACUGUGAUGUCAGCAUCAGGGGAGGGGCUUCAGAGUGCACUUGGGGAGGAGCCAGAAUCUGAGGAAGGACCUUCAGGACUGUUUACAGGGCCACCCUUAGGCAAAGGUCGUGGUGGCCGCAAGAAACACGGUGGGAAAAAGAGGACUAAGGCCCAGAUGAGUGUGAGACAGAGGAAUAGCACACCUGCACAGAAUCUUACCUACAGCCCCACCCACAGUACCUCCCACGGCUCCGCCCACACCAACAACCACAGCUCCGCCCCCGAUCCCUGUAGCACCUCCCACAGAGAGUACUGCAUCCAUGGCUACUGCACCUACUUACAUGACCUGAAGGAGCCCGUCUGUGUGUGUAUGAAGGGGUAUGACGGUGUGCGAUGUGGUAUCCACCUGCUGCAGACGGGUUCGGGUUCCGGGGGACGGGAUGAUCACCAUGAUGACACACUGCACAUCAUACUCAUUACCAUCACAGUCGUCCUGUCAAUCAUCAGCUGCUCCGCCCUCCUACUCAUCAUCUGUGUGCACUACAGAGCUCAGCACAGUUUCCAGGCAGCGUUACUCAGUACUGCUGAUGAAAGUGACAAACUUCAGAAGAACAACAGCGCUGUGUGACAGAGCGCCCCCUGCAGACACAACAGAAUGAGCGGAGCGUGCACAGACACACAGCUUUGGAGAAACACGCUACGUGCUUCACCCUGAAUAUUUAUUGAAUUUAUUUAUUGGAAAUGUAUUUUAUAUUUGAAUAUUUUCACAGUGUGUGAUGUAGAAUAUUGUUAAUAUACAGAUCUGAUGAUGAUGAUCGUUCCUCACUCUCACCACUUUCGUGCCUCACUUCCUUUUAAAUGCUAACAUGCAGUGUGUGAGGUCUGUUCCUCGCUAACGCCAGAGUGUGGAAACAGCGUGUGACAUUUAGAUGAGUUGUUCAGUGCUGUUUAAAGGUGCAGUGUGUAACUUUGUGUAAUGUUUACUCCCUCUGCUGCCUGUGAGGAGAACUGCAACUGCAGUUAAACUACACAUGCCUAGAGUCUAUAAGAGAAAGGGGGUGUGGCUAAUUUCAGUACCAGGAUACUGUAAACAGAAUCCUUAUUACAGGUGUGGAAACCUUUACAAACUGCACCUUUAUACUGCGUGGGUCACACUGCUGUUAAACCCCCAAAUCAGCUCUGAUUCUAUAAACAUUUCAGUUUCAGUCAUGCUCUGAUUUUUAAAGCUAAUUCUGAUGCUAAGUUAAAGGUGUGACUCUUUUGCUAGGAAUGAACACAGUAUGGUUGUGUAACCACGGUAACCAGUUGUUGUGUAGAGCACUAAAAAAAGUAUUAAAGAUGUAACAAACCGAUGAC